UUUAAUUGAGCGGUGACGGCGUUUAGCAUCCGCUUCGUUUCCAUCUGCGUUUUAAAAAAUGAGUUUAUUUUUACUUUUUGCCUUUUCCAUACUGGUGCUGUUCAAAUUGAUUUACGCCCACUUCCACACGCGAUAUCAGUUCUGGAAGAACCACAAUGUGCCCUAUCUGGAGCCUCGAUUCCCGGUGGGGAACGUCGGGGACACUCUCCGAUCGAAGACUCACUUCGCUUACAUCAUGAAGAACUUGUAUCGGAAGUUAAAGCCGCGUGGUGACUACGCUGGAAUUUACUUCUUCCGGGAUCCGGUGCUGCUGGUGCUGUCGCCGGAAUUCGCUCGAACAGUGCUGGUGAAGGAUUUCAACUGUUUCGUUGAUCGUGGUUUGUACAGCAAUGAGCGGGACGAUCCGCUGUCGGCGAAUUUAUUUUUCAUGGAAGGACACCGGUGGAGAGCACUGCGAGCGAAGCUUUCACCGACUUUCACGUCCGGUCGGUUGAAGUUUAUGUUCGGGACGAUUGCUGCCGUGGCGGAGGAAUUGAUAAAAUACCUGGAUGAGUAUACGCUAGGUAGGAGUGAGAUUGAGCUGAGUGAUCUGAUGGCAAGGUUUUCGACAGAUAUUAUUGGCUCGUGUGGAUUUGGAAUCGACUGCAAUAGUCUCGUGAACCCGAAGUCGAUGUUUCGAGAGAUGGGGAAGAGGAUGAUCAAUUUUCCAAAGUUGAAGGCAUUGAAGCUGUUCUUCGCUAUGAUGGGUCGUGAUAAAGCGAGGAUGCUUGGUAUUCGAUUCAACGAUGCUGAUGUGUCCGAGUUUUUCUUCACUGUUGUAAGGGACACGAUAAGGUAUAGGGAGGUGAAUGGCCUUCGCAGAAACGAUUUCAUGCAGUUGUUGAUUGAUCUGAAGAACAAAGGUUUUAUGGAAGGUGAUAACGCGCUUCUUAUCGCCGAAUCGGAUGGAAAUCGUGCGGAAAGAUUAACAUUUGAGGAGAUUGCAGCGCAAGCAUUUAUAUUUUUUUUCGCCGGGUUUGAAACCACCGCCACCACCAUGACGUUGGCGUUGUAUUUGCUAGGAACAAAUCCAGAUGUCCAAACUGAAGCUAGACGUUCCGUUGAAGAUGUUCUGCGAAAGUAUGAGAGCUUUUGUUAUGAAGCGGUCAUGGACAUGAAGUAUCUCGAGUGUGUCAUAAAUGAAACACUUAGAAUUUACCCACCGGUUGCAACUCUUCAUAGAAUCACCACCAAACCGUACAAACUACCAAAUGGAUCCGUUCUACCGGAGGGAAUCGGUGUCUUAAUACCAAACCUGGCGAUGCAACAUGACCCAGAAUUUUUCCCUGACCCAAUGAGCUUCCGUCCGGAACGAUUUUCGAUCCAGGACGAGAACAAUCGUCGUAACUUCUGUUACCUUCCUUUCGGCGAAGGACCUCGGAUUUGCAUUGGAAUGCGAUUUGGAUUGCUAGAACUGAAGAUGGGCUUAGCAUUGCUGCUGAAAAAUUAUAAAUUCACGAUCUGCUCGAAGACAACUGUCCCAUUGGAAAUCGAUCCGGUGCAUUUGAUUCAUGGCCCAUCUGGACCGGUUUGGCUCGGAAUUGAGAAAAUUCAACAGAAAUAUAAGUUUUCAUUUCCAUCGCAGUGGAAAGAUCCAUCCAAGAUGUGGAUCUAUCUUCUGAUUACCGUUAUCACGCUCUCGAUCUUGUUCGUGCGGAAGAAAUAUUCCUUCUGGGAGCGCCAUGGAGUGCCUUUCAUAAAACCUCGGUUCCCGUUCGGCAAUAUCCAGGCCGUUGGACGCCGCGUUCACUCGUCCCAGCUGAUGACGAAGUUCUACAAUCAGAUGAAGGGUAAACAUCCGUACGGGGGGAUUUUCUUCUUCACGAACCCGGUGGCGCUCGCGUUGGAUCUGGAUUUCGUGAAGAACAUUCUCGUGCGCGAUUUUCAGUAUUUUCACGACCGCGGAACAUACUACAACGAGAAGGAUGAUCCCAUUUCGGGCCAUCUGUUCAACAUCGAGGGAAGCAAAUGGACCAAUCUACGCAAGAAGCUCAUUCCGACGUUUUCCUCGGGCAAAAUGAAGAUGAUGUGCCCUACGAUUAUUGCCGUGGCGGAUCGAUUUCGGGAGUGUAUUGAGAAGUGCAUAACGGAUGAGCCGGAAAUUGAAAUGAAAGAUUUGCUGGCGCGCUUCACGACCGACGUGAUCGGCACGUGUGCCUUCGGAAUCGAUUGCAACAGUUUGAACGAUCCCAACACGGAGUUUCGGAAGAUGGGCAAAAAGGUGUUUGAAAUACCCACCGGGAGGAUAUUGAAGUUCUUCUUCAUGGCCACGUUUAAGGAGUUUGCCCGUAAAAUACACAUCAAGGGAACCGCUGAUGACGUUUCGGCGUUCUUCUUCAAAGUUGUCCGGGAAACGAUCGAUUAUCGGGAGAAGAACAGCGUUCAACGGAAUGAUUUUAUGAAUCUGUUAAUGCAACUGAAGGAGAAAGGAGAAUUGGAUGAUGACUCGGGGGGAAAAGUUGGAACAUUGAGUCUCAAUGAAGUUGUUGCACAAGCAUUUGUAUUCUUCCUGGGGGGAUUUGAAACAUCGAGCACGACGAUGUCUUACUGUCUGUAUGAACUCUCCUUGAACGAGGAUAUCCAGCAGAAAGCAAGACAAUGCGCUGUCGAUGCUGUAGCCAAACAUGGAGGCCUAAACUACGAUGCUCUGAUGGAUAUGGAUUAUAUCGAACAGUGUAUUAAUGAAUCUCUCCGGAAGUACCCCCCGGGGGCGAAUCUGAUUCGUAGCGUCACCAAGGAUUACCGCGUGCCCGAUUCCGACGUGGUUUUCACGAAGGGCAUGAAUGUCAUGAUUCCGGUGUACGCAAUUCAUCACGAUCCGGAGUAUUAUCCGGAUCCAGAAAAGUACGAUCCUGAUCGGUUCAACGCGGAGGGAAUCGCUAACAGGGAACCGUACACUUUCAUGCCGUUCGGAGAGGGCCCACGGAUUUGUAUCGCUGCACGAUUUGGAAUACUGGAGACGAAAAUAGGCCUUGCCACUCUGUUGAUGAAUUUCAGGUUCUCCAAAUGUUCAAAGUCGGUGGUUCCGCUGGUCAUAUCCUCUCGGCAUGCGGUGUUGACACCAGCCGAUGGACUUUGGUUGAAGGUGGAGAAAUUGUAGCGUUGAUUGGAGUUCUUGGACAAUGUUCGCUAAGGAAAAUGUUGGUUAUGUGACUUUCACUGCUAUGGAAAGCCAGAUUUCAACCAGUGAUUUGAGGUGCUAUAACAAUUGAUUAAAUCUUUAGUAUAUUAAAAUACAUUGGAUCACUCAAAACGAUAUUAGACAUAAGAAUAAUUUUAUAUUGAAAAUGUGGCAUGUUUUUUUAAAUGAUGGUGGGAAAUAAAGUUAUUUAAUCUGAUGACUCGA